AUGUCUAAACGCGAAGAGGAAUUGUUGGACUACUCUGAUACCGAAGAAGCAGCUCCUGCUGCUUCCGAGGCCAAGGAGGAGAGUUCUGGUGCUGCUGCGAAUGGCGAUACCAAGGGCUCCUACGUGGGCGUCCACUCGACCUCGUUCAAGGACCUCCUCCUCAAGGACGAGCUUCUCCGGGCGAUUGGAGAUUGCGGUUUCGAGCACCCCAGUGAGGUUCAGCAGGAGGCUAUUCCUCAGUCCAACAUGGGUGUUGAUGUGUUGUGCCAGGCCAAGUCAGGUCUCGGUAAGACCGCCGUGUUUGUUCUGUCUACCCUCAACCAGCUGGAGCCUACCCCCGGUGAGGUGAGCGUUGUUGUUUUGUGCCACACCCGUGAGCUUGCGUACCAGAUCAAGAACGAGUACGACCGUUUCUCCAAGUAUCUUCCCGACGCUCGCACCUCGGUGUUUUACGGCGGUGUGUCGAUUGCCAAAGACAAGGAGCUUCUCAAGGACCCCGAGCGGACCCCUAACAUUGUUGUGGGCACGCCUGGCCGGUUGGACGCUUUGAUUCGCGAGAAAGCACUGAAGCUCGACAACAUUCGCACUUUUGUUGUCGACGAGUGCGACAAGGUUUUGGAGGCGGUUGACAUGCGCCGUGACGUUCAGGAGAUCUUCCGCGCGACGCCCAAGACCAAGCAGGUUAUGAUGUUUAGUGCUACGUUAGCUCCGGACAUGCGGGCGAUUUGCAAGAAGUUCAUGCAGAACCCGCUUGAGAUCUACGUCGACGACGAGGCCAAGCUGACUCUGCACGGUCUUCAGCAGUACUACGUGAAGCUGGAGGAGAAGGAGAAGAACCGCCAGCUGAACAACCUGCUCGACUCGCUGGAGUUCAACCAGGUGAUUAUUUUUGUGCGCUCGACCAGCCGGGCAAACCAGCUGAACCAGCUCCUGAACGAGUGUUCCUUCCCAUCGAUUGCCGUCCACGGUGCCAUGCGCCAGGACGAGCGUAUCGAGCACUACCGUCAGUUCAAGGAGUUCAACAAACGCAUUUGCGUUUCCACCGAUAUCUUUGGCCGUGGUAUUGACAUUGAACGUAUCAACCUCGCCAUCAACUACGACAUGCCCCCCGAGGCCGACCAAUACUUGCACCGCGUAGGCCGAGCCGGUCGUUUUGGUACCAAGGGCCUAGCCGUCUCUUUUGUAUCCAGCGAGGAGGACGAGAAGGUGCUUUCCCAGAUCCAGGAACGCUUCGAGGUCAAGAUCUCGCCCUAUCCUGAGGAGGGCGUCGAUGCGUCUACGUAUAUGAAUUCUUAA